UGCAGCCUCGUUCCCGGGCAGUAUAAAGUUUGCUGUCUCCUUUGUUCGCCCUCGUUGCGCAGUAGUGCUAGCGGCGUGUCUCUUCCGUCUUUCGUGCGCGCGGCCCUCCCUCGUGCUGAGCUGCUGAGAAGCCCCUGCCCGCGAGCUCGUUGGAGCUUGAAACUGUCUUCACCUCUCCGACUUUCAACGGGGGAAAAAUGGUUGAAGCAGAUCGCCCAGGAAAGCUCUUCAUUGGUGGCCUCAAUACAGAAACAAAUGAGAAAGCCCUUGAAGCAGUAUUUGGCAAAUAUGGGCGAAUAGUGGAAGUACUCUUAAUGAAAGACCGGGAAACCAACAAAUCAAGAGGAUUUGCUUUUGUCACCUUUGAAAGCCCAGCAGAUGCUAAAGAUGCAGCCAGAGACAUGAAUGGAAAGUCCUUAGAUGGAAAAGCCAUCAAGGUAGAACAAGCCACUAAGCCAUCAUUUGAAAGUGGUAGACGUGGACCGCCUCCACCUCCAAGAAGCAGAGGCCCUCCAAGAGGCCUUAGAGGUGGAAGAGGAGGAAGUGGAGGAACCAGGGGACCUCCCUCACGUGGAGGGCAUAUGGAUGAUGGUGGUUACUCCAUGAAUUUUAACAUGAGUUCUUCCAGGGGACCACUUCCAGUUAAAAGAGGACCACCACCACGAAGUGGGGGUCCUCCCCCUAAAAGAUCUGCUCCUUCAGGACCAGUUCGCAGCAGCAGUGGAAUGGGAGGAAGAGCUCCCGUAUCACGUGGAAGAGAUAGUUAUGGAGGCCCACCUCGAAGGGAACCCUUGCCUUCUCGUAGAGAUGUUUAUUUGUCCCCAAGAGACGAUGGAUAUUCUACUAAAGACAGCUAUUCAAGCAGAGAUUACCCAAGUUCUCGUGAUACAAGAGAUUAUGCACCACCACCAAGAGAUUAUACUUACCGUGAUUAUGGUCAUUCCAGUUCACGCGAUGACUAUCCUUCAAGAGGCUAUAGUGAUAGAGAUGGCUAUGGUCGUGAUCGUGACUAUUCAGAUCAUCCAAGUGGAGGUUCCUACAGGGAUUCAUAUGACAGUUAUGGUAACUCACGUAGUGCUCCACCUACACGAGGGCCCCCGCCAUCUUAUGGUGGAAGCAGUCGCUAUGAUGAUUACAGCAGCUCACGUGACGGAUAUGGUGGAAGUCGAGACAGUUACUCAAGCAGCCGAAGUGAUCUCUACUCAAGUGGUCGUGAUCGGGUUGGCAGACAAGAAAGAGGGCUUCCCCCUUCUAUGGAGAGGGGGGGAUACCCUCCUCCACGUGAUUCCUACAGCAGUUCAAGCCGCGGAGCACCAAGGGGUGGUGGCCGUGGAGGAAGCCGAUCUGAUAGAGGGGGAGGCAGAAGCAGAUAUUAAAAACAAAACUUUGGACCAAAAUCCCUGUUCAAAGAAACAAACAAAAAGGAACCUAUUCUGUCAUAACUACCCAAGGACUACUAAAAGAAAAAUUGUUACCUUUUUUAAAUUUCCUGUUAAGUUCCCUUUCCAUAAUUUUCAUGUUCUUGUGAGGAAAAGGCGUUAAACAUGUUUAAUUCAUUUUAUGACAUUGCUUUCAACAAGCAAAUGUUACAUGUGUUAAGACUUGACUUGUGUACUAGUGUUGUAAUUUUCCAAGUAAAGUGUCCCUAAAGGCCACUUUCUGAUUUUUCCCAGUAAAUGAGGCAAGCCAUUCUAAGAUCUUCCACAAACACCUAGCCAUCUAAAAUGGAGAUUAAUCCCUCUGCCUAUACAAACAAGCUAGCUAUUAGAGGGUGGUCGGGGGUAUACUACUCUUAGGAUAUCACAGUCUUCAAACUGAAAUCUCAAAUGUUCUCAGUAUGAAAAAAACCUGAGAUCAGGUGCUUAUGUAAGGAAAGUGCUAUUCACCCAGUAAACCCAAAACAAUGGAUAGUACUGGCCAUAUUUUGCCUUUCUGACAUUUCCUUGGGCAUCUACAAGAACCUCCCCUUCCCCCCUUCCCCAAUAAGACCAUUUAAGUGUGUGUUAAGCAACUACAGAAUACUAAAUAAAAAGUUUGGCCAAAACCAACCAUGAAGCUGCAAACGAUGCUUGCUCUUACUGUUUCAAAUUUUUGCAACUCUGUAGUGUCUCACUUUUAAGGAACAGCUUGAUUGCAAAGGAGAAAAUAGAUAAGCAAUGAAGUUAUCUCCAACUUCUCAAAGGCUUAUGACUUCUAAAAAGUGAAUCUAUCAGCAUUCCACAUCAGAUUUAAAGCAUCAAAUGCCUGUGAAACCGCAAAGAUGGUAAGCAAAGCAAACUAGUUUUUCCGUCUAAGUCGAAAUUGAACACUUAAACCUUCCUCAUAGUACAGUGAAACACUGUACCUCAUGGCAGUGGAAAUGCUUUCUAGAUUAAGAAAAAAUCUUUUGGAAAAGCAAAGUGUUCUAUAGCGUAUUAGAAGUCCUCCAAAUUCAACACUUGGAUUUUUUUUAAGCAUGUAUGACACUUAAAGGCCUUAAUACAGCUGUUUACCAAUAGCCAUCCGGGGCUUGGGAGGGGGUAACUUUUUUUAAAGUCUUUUUGAUGAAGACCUUUAAACAUGCUUCAUAUAUUAACAUUUUUUUCAAAUUAGUCUUUUAGUCAAUGUAGGAAAUGGCUUAAGUCUGGGGUCCCCAUCUCCACCCCUGUAAGCCAUUGCAAACUUAACAUUUAGUUGGAUGCCUGACUUGUUUUUAGUUCUAUGAAACUACACUGGAGAAAAUCUAUUGCAAGUGGUCUUUAAAAAAGCAAAACCUGAGGCAGCAUGACCCAGGUCCAGCCACGAAGUUGAAAAACAUGCUCUUGAAUAUAGUAAACUUGAAGACCUCCAACUAAAACCCCUUAUACUGCACUUAAUCCUUCAAAUAAGUUUUGUCCGUUCAACUUAUGGAUUUAACAUGGCAGUGCACCAUUGGAACAGAAUGAGAAUCCAUAAGCCAUGGAACUUAACCAUUUAAGCCAUUCCAGUCCAUCCCAAGCCAGUGUGAAUCUUCCACCACUUAAGAGACGUAGUAGAACAUGAAAUACGUUAAGCUGCAAGUCUGAACUUGCCUUUUCUUUCUGGAAAAGAGGGCAGUAAGUUAUAGGCAAGUUUUGAAGAAUUUCCUUGAGAGAGAUAACUAGUUACCUAUUUAAUUUUUACAGGUUGAGGAUUUUGGUCAUUAAAAGUCAUGGAGUGCUGAUUUAUUCACACUAGAUAAAGCUGGCAGCAAGAGAAACCAAAUGCUAAGAGUUGAAGCAGAAGAAUGCUGAUUGUGGAUAAGACACAACAGUUGCAUAAACAGUACUCGUCAGAAUUGGUUUGGUGCAGGCAAUAGGUUUUUGCCUUCAAGGGUUCCUGUGGGUCUGAGGAAGGCAAUCAGUGUUGGUUAGCACUCUUAACUAAGGAGUGGUUGGUAGUUACUUAAGUAAUUGACCAGAUGGAGAAAGGGGAGUAAUUAAAGAAAUUGGUAAGUGGAGGUAGUCAGGAAGUUCUGGUUCUUUAUGUAGAUUUUAUAGCUUUGGCUUUGAUCUUGAGCUAAAGUUAUAGGGACAGCUCUAGUUUAGAACUUCCUAGUUAUGACUGUCAGAAAGUUGAAUUGGAAAAAUGAAAGGCAUAUGUGGUAACUCGUUCUACAGUCAAGUGUCUGAUUUUCAGCAAGUAAAACACUUGAUUGCUCUUUUUUCCAGAAGAGGGAUUUUAGUCCUAAAAACUAAAGGGAGGAGUAGUAAUAGCUGGAAACGAAGUAACUGGAAACAUGGCUAAAAUUAUCUAAAGCACACUUUAAAAAGGAAAAAAAAUUGGGCCACUUGGCUUUUUUUUUUUUUUGUAACAAUUGUUUUGUAACCCUACUUUAUCCCCACCUCCUGUCUUGGAAACAAAUGAAGACACAAUGUGGUACGUUAGAGACUAGAUCCGGUAGUAUAAAAAAAAGCUAGUGUUCUCAAAAGAAACAAGAUUUUUGAGUUGGGAUUUAGACGAGCUAACUCAAUUUUUGAGAAUUUUUGUGUGGUAAAUAUCAGUACUAUCCUGUCCAACAUUUGCCAUUGUGGAAAAUAAUCCAAAAAAAAUUCAACCCUCAUUUAACAGGCUGUUUAGUCACAGACUGAGGGUAUUGACCAAAUUUAAAUGGCUGUUCCACUUAACAUAGAUGUCUUCCUCAAUCCUAUAACCUACAUUACUUGGGUUUAUGCUUCUUUUGGCUCUUGAGAUUUUUAGAUAUCUUGAAGAUGGUAUGGAACAUUGAGAUUAAUCAUAGUAAAUAUAAAGUCUAAAUUCAAAUUAAGUAGUACACUUAAAUGACCAGACAGUUGUUUGGCAAAUAGGUUACUGACCCAGUAGACUUAAUUCUGCUCUUGUUGGAAAAUUAUUGGUCUUGAUGCUUCUACUGGUUGUAAAAGAAAUAAUGAUAGAAUGUUUUUCUUGUUCAGUUGAUUAUAGAGAGCAUAGGUAUUACAGGUCGCUUUUCUCUUUUUGGAAUGUUUUGUAUUUGAAACUUAAUAAAAUUUAACAUGCA